AUGGAAGAGAGGGGAAUUUUAGUGAAGGGACAGGAAACUGAAGCGAGUAAUACAAAGAAGAAGUUCUCUGAACGUGAGAAUAAAGGGAAAAUAGAAGAUAUUCUUAACCCAAACAUACCAGCAUAUAAGAAUUCCGCAAAUAUCUUUAAACGUUGCGAAAUAAAUUUAAUACCAGAUAACCAAGUUGAUAACUAUCGAUAUAUGUACCAAAAGCGAGUACUUGAGGAAUUAGAUGAUAGAUUUUCUAACUUAUCAUCACUAUUAAAGGGUCAUUACAAUUUGGAAAUUUCUGAUGCAUUUCAUAUCAAUCGAGAUGAGAUACAUACAGUUGGCAGGAUUUGUUGUGACUCGGAGGGGAAUCUUAAUACUGAAUCUGUUUUGUUAGAAAUUCCAGAAAAACGAAAUCGUUUGAAAUUAUCAUUUGAUGGACUUAAGUCAUUUUCCUUAUUUUCUGGACAGAUAUUGGGCGUUGAGGGUACUAAUAGUACUGGAAAUUAUUUGAAUAUGAGUAGAAUUUUUGAGAUACCCUUAUUACCUAUGUGUAAAACUCCUUCUAGUGAAUUAAUCGAGUAUAAUUAUGGCCAAGAAAAGCAAAAUGGAAACCCAUUAAAUAUUGUAAUUGCUGCAGGGCCUUUUACUUUGAACGAUGGAUUUGAAUACGAGCCUUUCAAAGAGCUACUUUCCAAGAUGAAUCAAGAGAAACCUGAUCUGUUAAUUUUGUUAGGACCGUUUGUGAGUGAAGAUCACCCACUUUUAUAUGCAGGGAAUACUUCCAAGACUCCUGGCGAAAUCUUUAAAAAAAGUAUUAUAGAUGAAUUAUGUAAAGUGCCUAAUGUAUCCAUUGUUUUGGUUCCAAGCAUAAAGGAUUUAAUUCAUCCAUUUGUUUUUCCGCAAUCACCAUUCCCUAAACACGUAUUAUCAAAGAAUGUAAUUUGUGUGUCGAACCCUGCUCAAUUCCGAGUAAAUGAGAUAACAUUUGCUAUUGAUAAUGUUGAUAUUUUAUUUCAUCUUAUUAAUAAUGAAAUUGAAAGAAUUGAUGGAAAUGCAAAGCCUAGUUUAGAUCGAAUGGGAAGACUAUCGCGUCAUAUAUUGACACAAAGACAGGAAGAAGUACAUCUUGAAUUCAAGAAAUCUAGUUAUCUUGAACUAAAACAAUUACCUGAUGUCCUAAUUCUACCUUCAAAAUUAAAAUCUUUCGCAAAGGUUGUUGAAAAUGUUAUUUGCGUUAAUCCUGGUUAUCUUUCAAGAGGUGAAUCUGGUGGUACCUAUUCAAAAAUGACUAUACAUCCUUUACCAAAAACACUUAUAGAAAAAGAUCAGUUUAUAGAAAACUUG